GAAGGAGCUGUUCCCAGAGACGUGUUGCACUUCACUCAUUUGUAUCUGCUCAGUGGUGAAUUUUCAGUCAAGUCAUUUUCUCUCAUUUCAAAGACAUCUCCUGCUCACUUUGGAAUUUUUUAAAAGAUGACUGAAACUCCUCUACUGAGUAUUCCGUCCUCAAACCAGAGUGAAAACCAGAGCAACUCAACUGCUUGCCCAGACUUAAAUGACUGGUGGGACAUUGUAUUCUAUAUAGUACCCAAGUACCUCAACACUGUCUGUGUUAUUGGUAUGCUUGGAAAUGUGUUUGUUCUCCUCAUUUAUUCACUGCACAAGGGCCCCCUGAAGACAGCUGAAAUCUAUCUUAUGAAUCUGGCUAUUGCUGAUCUUAUCUUCCUCAUGUGCCUGCCAUUCUGGGCAGAGAACACCAAUAAUAGGUUUAACUGGCCGUUUGGCAUCUUCCUGUGCCGCAGCGUCAGCACCUCCAUCGUCCUGAACAUGUACACCAGCAUCUACCUGCUCGUGGCCGUCAGCACGGAUCGCUACCUGACUUUUGUCCAUACCUUGAACCACAGAGAGAUAUGGAGCAAAACUAUGACCAAAGGGAUCUGCUUGCUCAUCUGGUUCUUUUGCAUUCUUCUCAGUGUCCCAAAUUUCAUGUACCGGACUGUGAAAGAGUUUUCCCUGUGGAAUAUCUCAGCGUGCUAUUUGGAGUUCCCCAACUCGUCAUGGAUAACAGCUGAACGCCUGGUAUUUAACGUGGUGGGGUUUCUGCUGCCAUCCACAGCAAUCAUCUUCCUCAAUUUCUCCACCAUUAGAUCCCUAAAGAAAACAGCAAGAGAACGAAGAGCACUCAGAGCAAAGGGUUGCAUGGGGCAGAAAGGCAUGAGGGCAACGAGGCUGAUCACCACUGUGGUACUGAUGUUUCUUUUCUGCUGGACUCCUUACCAUUUUUUUGUAUUCCUUGAUCUAUUAUACAAUACAGAAGUGAUCAAAGGCUGCUUCUGGGGGGAACUGAUCAACUUUGGGCAGCAGUUUUCUUAUAUGUUGGCUACCACCAACAGCUGCAUUAACCCUGUGAUUUAUGUCUUUGUUGGGAAAUACUUCAGGCAAAAGGCUUUAGAAGUUUUUUCACAGUUUAUUCCCUGUGGAUUUCCUUCGAGAUGGGUAUCUUUCAAAGAAAUGUCUUCAAAUUUCAGCAUGGUUACAGUCAAGAAUGAUUCAACAUAAUGGUUCACAGUUCCAUCUUCAUUUUGAUAUUACAACUUAUUUUAUGCCACUGCAAAUGGCAUUAAAAAUUAAUAUGAAAUGCUCUGAUGUGGCCUUCACAGACCAAGCUAAUUAUCUAUUAAAGUAAAUCACUUGAUUGUUAACUUUUUCCUCAGGUUUGCUUUCUUAGUUCUGUGUUAUCCAUCCAAACGCAUGACAUGUGUGUGAUACCAGAAUUUUACACCAAAUUAUCUAACCUGUUUUACCUAUUAACAGUGGCUUACAAGAAAAUCUUUUUGACAAAAUAGCAGAAAAGUGGUUUCUUUCCAGAAAUCCGGUUUCUUUCCAGAAAUCCAUAAGCCAGCUGAAUGUUUUGCUGCAUUGUAUCUGUGAUGACAGCUGCUAUACCCCCUAUAACAUUAUUCAUAAAAUUACAACAGGUAUUACAGAGCAAAUAUGAGCUUAUUCUUUGGCUGAUAAAUGCAUUUGAAAAGGUAGAUAAUAACUUUGGUUAUUUUGAACAAUAUUUUAACUGGUUUGCAUUUUCACAGUAAGAUAUAGAGGACUUUAUAUUUUUUGUGCACUUUAAUUAUAUGCAGUGCAUAACUAUUUUACAAGAUGAUGGAACACAAAGAAGUGUAUAUAAAUUGUAAAAAAGCAAGGUAACACAGUAGCCUCCUCAAAACCUGACUUUUGCUGAUCCAGUAAAGUAUUACAAAAUUGCUCAUUAAGUACUGUAAAGAUCCUUUUUAUUUUGUAUAUGUGAAUAUAUCAGUGAUGGCCAUUGAUACUGUAUUAUUUUGAGGUAAAUACUUAGAUUCAUAUUUAUAUUUUGAUGAAUCAAAAUUAAUAAAACAGGUAACAUUUUACUUCAUAGGGUUUUUUUCUUUCUUAUAUUUAUUUUUAUAUUUUGUCUCUUUUCCCCUUAUUCCUUUGGGUAAGAGCAAACAUAUAGUUCUGUGAUUAAAAAUCCUUGUUGCUACCAGAACACAAACUCUCAUAGCAGAAGUAAACUUCUUUUCCAUCACAGCCACAAUGGCAGAGUAGAUGUAAGACAACAGAUAUCUGUUUCUGCAACUCUUAAAUUAUUUGUAUGUACAAACAUGGAAGAAGACAGUGCAGCCUGUUCAGCCAGAAAGAUAUUGGUGCAGAGCAAUAAAAAGGGAGCAUCCAGACACAUCAUUUGUGUAACAAUUCAUUUAACUACUCAUUGUAAAGCCUGUUUAGUCCUGUACUCACUGUAAUGGCACUGCAUUCUCCGCUGUUCUUUUUAGUGUUUCCAUUUUGAAUAUGUAAUUAAUCUCUUAUUUUAUUAUAGAAAUAUGUCUAUUCAACUUCAUUGCAAUGAGAUUAGUGUUAAUUUUUUAAUGGUUCUUUAAAACUUUUUGUAUCUGAACCAUGGAAGCCUUUUGAAGACUUAAAAGUCUAUCUUCCUGCAAUGGUGGUUUAAGAAUUAAGGGUGGAUUAAGGGAUCAGGGAGGAAGAAUCUCUCAUAAAUUUACUACUUCCAGUCCUUCUGUGACAGAUGAUUUUAAAAUAAACAGGUUUAAACACCAGUAGUAACAAUAAUAUGUGAAGUUCUCUGACUCAUCUGAAAUCAAAUUCCUAAUUCCUGUCUGUUUUAAACUGUUAAACACUUGUAUCUUUUUAACAAAUC